UGGUAACACCGACUUUAGUCUUUAGUUUAUGGCAGAUCGCCGCUUGUGACAGUUCGCGAGUGAAAAAUUGAAAAUUAUGAAGUAAAAUAUUUUCUAAAAUUAUUGUGUUUAAAUGACAGCAGGAAAAGAAACAAUGGGUGAACAGCCGAUAUUCACGUGCAAAGCCCACGUGUUCCACAUAGACCCGAAGACCAAGAGGUCAUGGAUGUCAGCCAGUUCCGCUGCCGUCUCCGUCUCCUUCUUCUACGAUUCAUCCAGGAACCUCUACCGCAUCAUCAGCGUUGAGGGGACGAAGGCGGUGAUAAACAGCACGAUAACAGCGAACAUGACGUUCACUAAAACGUCGCAGAAGUUCGGCCAGUGGAGCGACGUGAGAGCCAACACCGUCUACGGUCUCGGGUUCGCUUCCGAGCCUGAGCUUGGCAAGUUCAUAGAAAAAUUCCAAGAAGUGAAAGAGGCGAUCCAAGCGCAGCAAUGCGGGGCUACUGGUGGCAAAUCAGUGACGAAUGGCAACAGUGGUGCUGCUACUCCAGUGGCCAGUGCUACUGCCAGUCCGCUGCUGGCUGGCAGGGCUACUGGGGCUGAUGAACCGCCUCCGGCCGUGUCACCUGCGCAGGCUUUGCCUAAACCUGAGCCCGAAGAUAUGGCAGUACACCAGAGAGCGCAUUCAGUGUCAUCCACUCUUCAGGGUGGGUACGCCACAGUGGGUCGGGCGCCGCGCGGACCUCUCGCGUCGGCCGGCGCGCCCGCGGUCAUCGACCCGCCGCCCGCCGACUCGGAGCAACAGUUGCGCUACGAGAACGAUCGCCUCAAGCUCGCGCUCGCACAGAGAAUGGAAAGUGGCUACGCGACAGUGGGGCGAGCGCCCCGCGGACCUCUGGCGUCAUCAGGGGCGGCCAUUGACCCGCCACCCCCCGAGUCCAUCGAACAGCAGCUGCGCUAUGAGAAUGACAGGUUGAAGCUCGCUCUCGCACAAAGCUCAGCGAACGCUAAGAAAUGGGAAGUGGAACUGGCCACCCUGAAGAGCAACAACCUCCGCCUAACCGCCGCCCUACAGGAGAGCACCGCUAACGUGGACGAGUGGAAGCGGCAGCUGCACCAGUACAGGGAGGAGGUGGCGCGCGCCAGACACUACGCUGGUAAAGGCGCAGAAGCGAACGAAGUGGAGCAACUUCGGCAGCGCGUUGCGCAGCUCGAAGCAGAGUUAGCGCAGAAGAACGAAGAGUUGGCGCAGAUCACCAAGUCCAAGAAGAGCGAGCAGGACGCAGAAGCGAAACUGGCACAAAGCCAGUUGGAGCUAGCUUUGGCCGCACAAGAUGGACAGCGGCAAGUUAUACAAGCAUUGAACGAUCAACUCGCGAGGCAGCUAGAUGAGCUGAGCACGAUCCACCGCGAGAUCAACUCAGCCUUACAGACAUGAGACGCGGCCCCCGCCUGCUCCACUGGCGGCGCCGCUAACAACAACAAUACUACAGCGGGUUCUCGGUCGCGGCGGCUGCCGCUGCUGCUGCGGGCGGCGCCGGACGCGUACGUGACGGUGAAGGCCAAGAAAUGAAGAGUGCUCUCGGUAUUUCGCAAGGUGCACGAGUUUUUUUAAUUUCUUCAACGUUGCUAGUGUCGGUUGUUAUUUUUCUGUAGUUUUUGUAGUACUUGUAGUAUGAUGUCAAUGUGUGGUAGGGAUGUUUGGUGGUGAUUUUGAGUUAUCGAUAUUUUUGUGUCGAUUGAUGAUUUGCUUAGUUUUUGACAGUGCAGAAGUUAUUUAAAGUAGAAAUUCUAAGUAUUCAAAUUAAGUUCUAAUCAGGAUCAUUAUCAGUUUUUCGAUCAUGUUUGGUCGAUCGGUUGCUUAAGUUAUUGAUUCUACCACACAUAGAUACCAUCACAGUUUCUUGUAAUGUUACUAAAAUCAGCUUAUUUGGUUGGGUUUCAGAUAUUGUACCUACAAUUUCAGUUGGUUCCUUAUUUUUCACAAUUUGUAAAUCUUGGUCUGAGAAGACAUGUUAAAAUUUUACUGAAAUUCUUUCUAAUUAAAUAUUUUAACCAUGAAGUAGUUGCUAUAAGAUUGACUAAUAACAUUAACUCCUCACACUAUUUUACCAACUACUUCUUUAUUAUGGUGAAUUUAAAUUGUUCUACUUGAAAUGCAAUCAAAUUGCAAUUUUAAUACUUAUGGUGCGAACAACCGACACUUUCCCUUCGACGUUAGUUCAUCGAUAACUUAUUUAUUGUUAGGGCACAUCACUAGCAUUGGUUUCAACUGAAAGUAUUAUAAAUGAUAUGGUAUUAAUUUACAAAAAAUCUUGUCAUUACGGUGUCAUCACAGUUUGAUUAGGAAAACAUGUGGAUAAGUUGUUAAUGUAUGUAUCAAACCCAUUAAAUAAAAGGUUAUUGAAUCAUUGUAUAAAAUUCAAGAGAAAGAACAGUUAAUUUCAGCAGUUAAAACAUCAGUAGAAAUUUUCUCGGCUAAUAAACUGUCCGUUCAAUAAACUGUUCUUUUUCUAAGUCAUGUAACACCCGAUCUCACUAACUGUGGUAUUAACUCAUUUCGUUAAAUAUUUCAUUGCAUUCAUACGGCAAUGGUAGGCACCAUUCCCAUAUCGCUGGUAAGCGAUUAUAAAUUUUAUCGAUAUCGAUAGUGUCUUUUAAGAGUAUUGUAUCGAAACGAUUACAUCGAUAUUAGAGCUGUAUGCACUAUAAUCUGAAUUGAAGUUUAUGGCUAAAUAAAUCGGUAUUUCCAUUGUCAUGUAACACAAAUUUUCAAGUAUCAAGACUAAAUACUUUUGUUCCAACAAGUAAAUUCUUAACGAACUUUGUUCGCUAAAGUUUAAGUAACUAAAUAAAGUGGUUUGUUUCAAGCGAGCGUUUCAAGUUAAGGCUAACGAUGUAUGAAAUUAUAUGACGUCAUACAUAUUACUCAUUAAUAAAGUUGUUUCACGGUUUUGAAGAUGAACGACCGCUUUUAAAGUUAAUAUAUCCGUGACGUCACAAGAGCUUUGUAAAGAUACUUGGAUUUCAUUCAAUUAUAUUUCACAACUCUGAAAUAUCAUGUGGAUGAAAUUUUCCAUACUUAUUAUGUCAGAUAUGCAUUUUACAAUCAUUUGAUAAAAACAUAUUGUACAGCUUUGUAAUUCAUUUUAAUUUUCGAUACUGUUUUCCCACAAUACCACUGCCAAGUAUACUUAAAAAUUGCCGAACUUAAAACUGAAAAUUCUAACGGUGCCUCAGUAUUCAAUGUUUUGAUUAUUGGGUAUACAGAAUAUUCCGCAUUUAUAUGUGAUGUAUUCCAUUAAUCAAUAUCUAUAUAUCUAUGAAUGAAAUAAAAAAUACCGAUACUCAUUGUUAGAAAACGUGAGAACGUCUCGUUUCAAAAGAAAUGUUAGUAUGACACUCCAUAUGUUACAUACUCUAUGUUUAAAAUCACAAUCAUCUCUUAGAUAUAAAUAUUUGACAAGUAUCAACCACGUUUAUGUCCAUCAUAAAUGAUUAUUGAUAGUUUUGAGUCAAUUCGAGUCAGUGAUGUCGACCCACCCUUAUCUAAAUGUAAAUACGUUCGAAAAUCGUGUGACCCCACGAUUCAAUGCCAAAAAUAACUAAUUUUAUUAUUAAAAUUAAUGUAUAUUUUAAAAGUAGAUUUUUAAUAUUAUAUUAUUGUGUAAGAAAAACUGGUUGCACGGUGAAAUACCGAAUUAAAAGUAUAUAAUGAGAAUAUGUAACUCUUGGUUUCGAUAUUCGCCUGAUAUAUUAUGAUAUAGUCGACAGGCAGUGCCAUGUCCUAGUGUAUGUGUGUAUAUUGAAAUACUCCCUAAUUAAUAUAAUAUCGAAAUAUAUAAAACAGUCGGCUAACAUAUUGCCUCUCAGUCCCUUUCGAUCCCCUUACACUUCAAGCUGACGUGAUUGGGCAUCGCUAAAGGGAUUUUAAAAACAAUGAAUAAUAAAGCUUCGAUUUAAAAGUUUUUUGAACGCGUUAAAUUUAAAUGAAUAUUGCGUAGUAUGUAAGAGUAUGUAUUUUACAGAUAUGUAUGUAAUACUUACUUACCCAACGACACUCUUGUUUCGAUCUGUGAGCCAUUUCAUUUCGUGUAAUGUGCAUUUCUUUCGUCUCGAAUACAUUUUCCAAUAUUGUUAUAAUAUGUUAAGGUUGAUAUUUUGAAAGUGUUCUGACUGAAGAUUAUGUUCUAACAGCUUAAAUUAAUUUUUGACCAGACAAAUAAAAAAUGAACAGUUAUGGUACUUUAAAAUGUUGUCAAAAUAAUCUUUUGCAAGUUUCAUGGUUUUCAGUCAGAACAUAAGUUCAAUAUAAAUAUUCCUACGAUACAUUAGACUUACGAAACAUUUCCGUUUAACUUUCCUACUGUGUAGGUGUAUUCUAUUACUAAAAUAAUAUUAAACGAUAAUUAUUAUUAUUAUAUUGUAACGUAAAAUUCCAAUCUCGAUGAUUUUUAAUUAAUAUAUUAAAUAUAUUCAUCCUUAGGUGAUAAGGUGUUUCUUGGAUCGCGCAAAAUUAUUUUGUAAUUUGUUAUUCGAUAAGUAUUACUGGAAAAUACCGAUAUUCGCGUUCCCUUAGAGUUUGAAUAAAUAUAAAAGUAUUAAAAAAUCUUUUUGAAGGCGUCCAAAGUCAGAGCUUGGUAAUGAAAUGUCGCUUACAAAAUAAUUUUGCGGGAUUCAUACUAUGUAUGAAGAAAUAAUAGAUAAAAAAUUGUCACCAGUAUCCGUCUAACUCCCAAACGUUGACGUAGAACUUAAUUUCGACUUUAUUUCUAUUCGCUUAAGUUUUACAUUUGUUUGAAAACCCUGUAAUUCAUAGAUCCCUUAGCAAAUUAGUGAUUACACUUUGGCAGAUAAUAUUUUCUGUGAUUUUGUCAAGUUAAAUCGUUAUUUUAGAAUAUCUUUGUUAAUAUUGUAUCAUAAUAUUUUAUCUUAAAAUCUUUAUUUUCUUAUAUUUUUUUUUUAAUACGUAUCCUUGUGUUCAUAGUUUUUAUUUAUAGUAAAGAAGUAAUUAUUUUAUGUUAUUACAAUAAUUACAGAAGAACAUUAUCUGUCAAAAACCUUGAAAAAAAAAUUGAAAACAAAAUGAUAUCAUUAAAAAGGCUGAGGACACAAUUUUUAAGAUAUACAAUGUCUUCUAAACAGGGUAAAUUUCAUUUACUGUUGCGUGGAUUUUUAAAUAGUGAUCGUUGUUAUUCGAUUUUUACUCUCGACAUACACUUUCCGUAGAUCUUUACAAUUUGUUCCCCUAUCGGUAGGUAUAUCGAACAAUAUAUUAUACUCUCUACUCCAUUCUUACCUUACGUUCUCUUGUACACUACAUGAACAAUUUAUUAUUUCAUAGUUAAAUAAAUACAUAGCUAUAGUAGGAAAUAAUGUUUAUAGACACAGUAUUUAUUUGUACAUGUAAAGAAAAAAAUCUGUUUAUCAAAUAGAUAAAAAUUUAGUAGUACCGAAUGAUCUGUUGGAUUAUAAGAAAUGUAAUAUAAAAUUAGAUAAUGUUUAAGUGUUAUUCCCUUUUAAUUUGUAAACCGAAGAUGUUAAGUGUGACUACAUAUAAAUAACAUUUAUAGUAUAGAUAGUUAUAUGUACUAUAUCAUAGUCGUUACAAUAGAUGAGAUUAUCAUUUUUAAAUGUAUCUGGGCUGGGAGAUGACAUUUUUUUGUUUUUCUAGUGGUCUGUAAUUUCGGCCCGAAGUGUACCCACCGAGUACCACGUGGUGUGCCAAUUGUUUUUGCCAGGAAGUGUAAUAAAAAGUCUUUAAAGGCUGAUUUACAUUGAGUCAGUAACUGACGUCAGUGUAGGCACCGAAAACUGACGCGUGCUAUUUACACGAAGUCAGUGUAGUGUCAGUGUUUCGUCAGUAGUACUGUACUGACUUCAAAUCAAUUUACACGAUGGCAGUGCCGGGUCAGCACUGACUUGUCAGUGGACUGACGUCAGUUACUGACUCAAUGUAAAUCAGCCAUAAUGCCUAAUGGUCGACAUAGACAAACGUUUUACUUUUAAAUCCACCAUCUUGUUCGUCGUUCAAAAAGGUAAAUUGAAAGAGUUUUUGUCUCGAGUCGCAAGUAUCGGCCACUUGAUAUUGUUGUAUUGUAAUCACAUUAAUUAUAGUUUUAAUUGUAAUUUAUUCAAUAUAAAUUGUUAUAGUCUGCGUUGCAUUUGUUGGAAUAAUUAAUUGUUUUGUCAAAAAAUCUCGAAAAGUCCUGCAGAAAUAAUAAUCUUCGUAAUCCUGUGUCAUCAUUCGUAAUAAUUGCAUUUUUAUAUUCUCAGAGUUGUCUCGAAUGUAUUUAUCUAUUUAAUUUAUUUACCAAAUAUAAUAAAUUCAUUAUUGGUACUAUAUUAUAUUGUCCUCGAUCGCCACAAGAGGGUGCUAGUUUACCCCAUUAAUAUGGGUUGAUCUCAGGAACAUUUUUAAGCCCAAACAAAGUAGCUAGCUUUUAGAAUAUAGGUACACGGGUGUUGCAAUAAUCUCUUUGAAUGAAGUACUCGAAUAUCGAAUUUGUCCCAUCAUUAUAAAACACAAAUUAAAGUGACAAAUGUCUCCAUCUGUUUGAUAAUGCAACUUGAACUUUAUAUAACAGAGUUAAGGUUUAGAAUGUUUUAUCGGCUGGUGUUUUUGUUAUCAAAUGCAGCGCAGACUUGGUAUGUGUACUACGUUAUAUCUUCCAUUAGAAGCGUAGUCGCUGUGAGCUGAGUAUGCAUAUUAAACAAUAAAUAAAUACAAUAUGGAUUUCAA